AUGGUGGCGCCGGCGGCACUCCGCGUGGUGCGCUGUGGCGGCGGCACCAUCCAUGGCGUCAGGGCCGUUUUCUCCUCCGAUUCCAAGUACCUUCUAUGUGCCUCCGGCGACUUCGUGAAGAUGUACAGCGUGGCUACCGAGGAGACGCUGCGGCUGAUGGGCGGCCAUGCCGACCUGGUGACAGGCAUCCAGCUCAACCCGCACAACCACAUGCAGCUCUAUUCUUCUUCUCUUGAUGGCAGCAUUAAGCUGUGGGACUUCAUGGAUGGUAUUCCCAUUAAAACUUUCAGUGUAGGAUCCAAACUUCUGGCAUUGUAUGCACUUGCUAGUUCUGAGGAUUCAGUAUUUGUAAUCGUUCCAAAGAGUGGUGAAAGAGAUGCAUUCCAGCUGGUCUCAGUUAAGCUGACAAAAACAGCAGGCCAAGAUGUGGAAGCCAAGGAACUGUCAGUGGUUUUGGAUGGUGUGGAUGCAUCACCGAAGCAUAUUGCAUUUGGAAGAGAAGGUCAAUAUGUGGCAUCAGUGAAGGAGGCUAAUCUCCAAGUUUAUUUUUUUAAACAGAAGCAGUUGAACAGGUUUUCUGUAAAUACAGCGAAGACAAAAAAUAGAAACAGUCAGUUCACUUGCAUAGCAUGUCAUCCUACAGAGGAUUGUAUUGCAACGGGCCAUGCUGAUGGAAAGAUUCGCCUCUGGAGGAAUUUCUACCACAAGAAAGACUACACGUUUUCCACACUGCACUGGCAUCAUGAUAUUGUCAUGGAUCUAGCUUAUUCUGUGGAGGGAACCAGCUUGCUGAGUGGUGGAGUUGAAUCUGUUCUAGUUCUGUGGCACAAUGAAUCAGACUGUCGGAAGGAUUUUCUUCCUCGUUUGGGAUCUCCUAUUGAGUACAUUUCCGUGUCAUCUGAUGGCUCGCUCUGUUGCACCUUGCACAAAGACAACAGAAUUACAAUUAUCAACAGCAACCUCAGAUUUUCCAAAAGUAUUCAGGGGCUAAUCAAAAGUAUAGAUGUGAAGACUGGUCUAGUGGUUGAUCCUAGAACCAAAGCUUUGGUGCUGAAUGGAGAGCCUGGUCACUUGCAGUUCUAUUCCCUCCAGAGUGAUCAACAGCUGUUCAGUUUGGAUAUUGUGCAGCGACAAUACAUUCACCAGGCAGGUUUAAAGCAAGCUGACUUAGUCAAGGUUGCGUUUAGUGCCCGAGGCAAGUGGCUGGCAACAGUGGAAGAGAGAGAAGAGGCAGCUGACCCUGAGUUACAGUUGAAACUGUGGUUCUAUGAUGAAGAAACACAAAGCUUUAAGCUGAAUACUAGGGUAAAUACGCCCCAUGAGAACCACAUAACAGACAUGUGCUUUCGUGACAUGGAUGAAUUGGAAGAUGACUCUCCGAUACUAGUAACAACUGGCAGAGACCGUGUGUUUAAAGUCUGGGUGAUGGUAGAAGACACUGAUCCAGAAGCACAACAGAGUGUGAGCUGGAGCUGUGACUUUGUAGGCAGCUACCACAACUACCAAGCCACAAACUGCUGUUUCUCAGAAGAUGGCUCUUUGCUUGCUGUUAGCUUUGAAGAAAUUGUCACUGUAUGGGAUUCAGUUACUUGGGAACUUAAGUGUACGUUUUGCCAUCCACCUGGAAAAAUAAGGAACAUCUGCUUUGGGAGACUAACAUGUUCCAAGUACCUUAUUGGUGCCACUGAUCAUGGCUUUCUGUGUUGCUGGAACCUGCUCACUUGUGCAUUGGAAUGGAGUGCCCACCUCAAUGUCUUAGUUCUGCAACCUGAUCCCCUGUCAGAACAUAUUGCUGCUGUCUCAUGGCUCUCCAAAGAAUCCAGCUUGUUUGUGUUUAAACCAAAUGAGCCACGGCCAGUCUAUAUCCAGAGAAACCUUUGUAAAGAGAAGAUCCUGCUUGCUGCCUUUGUUCCAAGAGAUGAACCUGAAAUGACUGGCUCAGAAAAAUACCUUUGGCUAAGAAGUUCCCAACUGUUUUUUCUUACAGAUGCGCAAGAGCUUUUGACGCUUAGCACAAGGUCUCUAGAAGAAAGGCUCACACCAUCCAGCAAACAGCUGGCAACAGAAGAAAGUCUUCCUGUGACCCCGUUUAGUUUGCUACUGGGAAAGCACAGACGUCAGCAAUCACAAGAGGAUACAGACCUUGGAAAACUAGUUGUUCAUAACAAGCAUGAGCAAGAUUCACCUGCUGUCAAAGAGCUUUUGCACACUCCAGCACAUGUUCUGCCAUCUGCUUCCUUCCUGUGUCCUAUAUUUAUUAAUUCUUUGCUCAUCUCCAAAGAGAACAAAAGUGCUGAAGAAGUUGCUGAUGAAGUGGAAAUGGAAAGUGAAAAAACAGAUGAUGAUUUGGAUGAGGAAGGAGAUGUGACUGAAAUGGAACAAGAAGAUACAAAUCCUAUGGAAUUAUUAGGAGAGAUGACAUGUAAACUGUCUAAAUCUCAGGAAAGAGAGCUACGGAAAUUAAGAAAAAUGGACUACAGUUGGAUAUCAGCUUUCUAAAUGGACAUCUUUGGAGUUUUAUACUGGGGUUUUAAACUGAAGCUUUUGUGGAUUAAAUAUUCAUUAAGAAAAAGAAAGUCAAGUCUUUUGGCCAUAAAUCUUAGCAGCCUCUACUUCCAUAAGCAAGGAGAACUGGGGGAAGGGGUUAAAGUUCAAAAAAGCUGGUUCUGCUCCUAGUUUGUUACUGGUUCUUUGUGACCUUAGAAAACGUUUAACCUGGGGGGGGGGGUUUACCCCUUACAAGUGUAUUUAAAAGGCAAAACAGUUCAUUAUCUGACUUGUGAUCUGUUAGCAAAGUGACAGCUAAGCUCCUGAAAAUCUCCCCCACUGAGGCUGGCCUACUGCUGCCAAAGCAACAGGAGCUAAGAGCUUCAGUUAAAAGACUGCUUAAUUCAAGGUCUGAUAGGGGAAAACAGGAUAGUUUUAGUAGUGUUGUAUAUACAGGUAAGUCACAAAUCUCCUUCUAGAAAGUUUCUUUCUACUGUUGAUAACUGAUGACAAAUGGUUUAAUAAGUCUGACUGUUGAAAGUAGUUAUCUACAUACUUGCUAGUGGUCAUAGAGUAUGGAGAUUCUUGGGCAAUAGGGUACUUAUGUAAGCACAAUCUCUCAAAUUUACAGGAAGUAAAGGAAAACACAUCAACAGUCAUAACUAUAGCAGUUUUAUGCUUUUGGUUUUUUCUCCCUGUUCAGAUAACCUGUAUAUGUAACUGAAAAAAUCACAGGUCCCCAGAUAUUAUGUAAUUUGUAUUUCCAUCCUCUUACCUACAGAUCUAGAACUGAUAAAGCCUUUUCAGAAGCUUGGACCCAAGGGAUUUUUCUCUAAAUGAAAAGUUUCAAUAGAACAAAUAGGAAAAAUGUGUUAAGACUGUAGCAGACAAUUGACAGCAUUUGGAAACUCGGAGGUUUAUAAAACAAAGUAGAGGGGGGAAAAAAGGCUUAGUAAACAGAUCUCCCCCAAUAUGACCUAAUCUAGGAAAGACACCAAUAAGUUUGUCUUUUUUCUUAAGUAACAUCAGACUUCAGUUCUGUGGAAAUACAAGUGCAAGUUGAAUAGAGAUCAGGGUGCAUGUAUCAGAAACACUGGCUGCAUCGAAGCCUGGUAUUCUGUUUUUGUGUCAGCAACACUUAAGUGUGGCUUUAAAGGUCAGAAGGGAAUCUUGCUAGUUGGUAAUGUGGGGGUUUUUAAACCCCACAUGUUGUGAAAGUAAAGUUCUUUGCUGGAAAACAAGCAGGUAUGAAAAAGAGACAAUUUAGGUGCAAUUCAGCUCCUAAAAAUACAAUUUCAUUUUAUGUUCCAAGUAGUGAAGCUACAUUUAGGAGUCUUCAUCAAGCAAAAAAAGUUGUUGCAGUUAUGUUUUCUAACCUUUGCCUUUACUAAAUUCAUUUUGCUUUGCACAGUUGAUUAAAUGCACUAGGUUAACAGUC